AUGAUAGCUCAGUUCGUCCAUAACGAGUGGAUCGAGAGUUAUGACCCGACGAUUGAAGACUCGUACCGGACUCAGGUGGCCGUUGAUGGCCGCCAAGUAAUUCUGGAGAUCCUGGAUACCGCUGGCACUGAGCAGUUCGUUGCUAUGCGGGAUCUGUACAUGAAGACUGGUCAAGGGUUUCUUCUAGUCUUUAGUAUUACCUCAACCUCGUCAUUAGCCGAACUUGCCGGGCUUCGUGACGAGAUCAUACGCAUCAAGGACGACGAAAGUGUGCCGAUUGUCAUCUGUGGAAACAAGGCGGACCUCGAAGACCAGCGGUCUGUGCCACGAACCAAGGGUUUCCAAAUCUCGCAGAGAUGGGGUGCACCAUACUAUGAAGCUAGUGCUCGAACGAGAACGAACGUCGAUGAAGUAUUCGUAGACUUAUGUCGACAAAUGUUGCGGAAAGAUGAUGCGGGGGAGAGUCAUCUCGAGGAUCAAGAUGACAAAUUCGACCCUUACUCCAUAUCAUACUAUAAAAAACGAAGACGGCGAAAGGAACGAGACUCGAAUCACCGGCCAAAAUGCGUUAUUCUAUGA